GCAACGCCGAGAACGCCAUCGAGGCCCUCAAGGAAUACGAACCUGAGAUGGGCAAGGUCUACCGCGCCGACCGCAAGGCCGUGCAGCGCAUCAAGGCCCGUGACCUGGUGCCCGGGGACAUCGCCGAGGUGGCCGUUGGGGACAAGGUGCCGGCCGACAUCCGCAUCAUCUCCAUCAAGUCGACCACGCUGCGCGUAGACCAGUCCAUCCUCACCGGCGAGUCCGUCUCCGUCAUCAAACACACGGAGCCCGUCCCCGACCCCCGUGCCGUCAACCAGGACAAGAAGAACAUGCUCUUCUCGGGCACCAACAUCGGCGCCGGCAAAGCCGUGGGCAUCGUGGUGGCCACGGGCGUCAACACGGAGAUCGGGAAGAUCCGCGACGAGAUGGCGGCCACCGAGCAGGACAAGACGCCCCUGCAGCAGAAGCUGGACGAGUUCGGCGAGCAGCUCUCCAAGGUCAUCUCGCUCAUCUGCGUCGCCGUGUGGCUCAUCAACAUCGGCCACUUCAACGACCCCGUCCACGGCGGCUCCUGGAUCCGCGGCGCCAUCUACUACUUCAAGAUCGCCGUGGCCUUGGCCGUGGCCGCCAUACCUGAAGGGCUCCCGGCCGUCAUCACCACGUGCCUGGCCUUGGGGACGCGCCGCAUGGCCAAGAAGAACGCCAUCGUGCGGAGCCUCCCGUCCGUGGAGACCUUGGGCUGCACCUCGGUCAUCUGCUCCGACAAGACGGGGACGCUGACCACCAACCAGAUGUCCGUGUGCAAGAUGUUCAUCGUGGACAAGGUGGAGGGCGACGUCUGCGCCCUCAACGAGUUCUCCAUCACCGGCUCCACCUACGCGCCCGAGGGGGACGUGCUGAAGAACGAGAAGCACGUGAAGGCCGGCCAAUACGACGGCUUGGUGGAGCUGGCCACCAUCUGCGCCCUCUGCAACGACUCGUCCCUGGACUACAAUGAGGCCAAGGGCAUCUACGAGAAGGUGGGAGAGGCCACGGAGACGGCGCUCACGUGUCUCGUGGAGAAGAUGAACGUCUUCAACACCGACGUGCGGAGCCUCUCCAAGGUGGAGCGGGCCAACGCCUGCAACUCCGUCAUCAAGCAGCUCAUGAAGAAGGAGGUCACCCUGGAGUUCUCCCGUGACCGGAAGUCCAUGUCCGUCUACUGCUCCCCGGCCAAGGCGUCGCGGGCGGCCGUGGGCAACAAGAUGUUCGUCAAGGGCGCCCCCGAGGGCGUCAUCGACCGCUGCAACUACGUGCGCGUGGGGACCACGCGGGUGCCGCUGACGCCCGCGGUCAAGGAGAAGAUCUUGGGCGUCAUCAAGGAGUGGGGGACGGGCAGGGACACCCUGCGCUGCCUGGCCUUGGCCACCCGCGACACCCCGCCCAAGAAGGAGGACAUGUUGCUGGAGGACUCCACCAAGUUCGCCGAGUACGAGACCGACCUGACCUUCGUGGGCUGCGUGGGGAUGCUGGACCCGCCGCGCAAGGAGGUGAUGGGCUCCAUCCAGCUGUGCCGCGACGCCGGCAUCCGCGUCAUCAUGAUCACGGGGGACAACAAGGGCACGGCCAUCGCCAUCUGCCGCCGCAUCGGCAUCUUCAGCGAGGACGAGGAGGUGACGGGGCGCGCGUACACGGGCCGCGAGUUCGACGACCUGCCGCCCGCCGAGCAGCGCGAGGCCUGUCACCGCGCCUGCUGCUUCGCCCGCGUGGAGCCCACGCACAAGUCCAAGAUCGUGGAGUUCCUGCAGUCCUUCGACGAGAUCACGGCCAUGACAGGGGACGGCGUGAACGACGCCCCGGCGCUCAAGAAGGCCGAGAUCGGCAUCGCCAUGGGCUCCGGCACGGCCGUGGCCAAGACGGCCUCCGAGAUGGUCCUGGCCGACGACAACUUCUCCACCAUCGUGGCGGCCGUGGAGGAGGGCCGGGCCAUCUACAACAACAUGAAGCAGUUCAUCCGCUACCUCAUCUCCUCCAACGUGGGCGAGGUGGUGUGGUGA